AUGCUGGCAUCGGAAUUUCCUUUUGAGAUUCUUUCACAGAUUGCUGACUUUUUAUUUAAUAAGGACAAGGCUUCUUGCGCUCUAACAUGCAAGAGAUGGAAAACCCCAUUUCAAGAAACUCUCUGGAAAAGUAUCGAUGUCAGCUCUACUAAAGAACUUGAAGAGAUUUGCGCUAUCGUAAAUAAUUCUAUGAUAAAUCACCGGCAAUUUUACCAUCUAGUACAGGCAUUAAGAUUUACUGGAUAUUGUACAAUCGAUUGGCUACAGAGUGAUACCUUCCGAACAUUUCCAAACUUGAAGCACCUUGACAUUCAAUACGUAUACUCUAAAUAUUCAAGUAUGAACUUCCCAAGUAGCUACCCUCCAUUGGAUUCACUUGUUAGUAUAAAGCUCCAAAUACAUGCUGUAGUACAAGAAAUACCGACAAAGGAUCUUCUUGACCUUUUAAAAACCAUGCCCCGCCUUCGAAAACUAGAUGUGUGUGUGUAUUCCUCGGUUUAUUCUUUCCGGAUUACGCCAAGCAAUCUUAAUACUCUCCACGAAUAUUUGCCUCAUCUCACAUCUAUCACGUUACGCCUAGCUCUUGCUGAUAUCAGCCAAGAUUCUGUACAGACAGACCUUAACAUUACACCGAUACUCUCCGUAACGACCCUUGACCUCGACAUUUUAGACUGGGACCAUCUGUGGCUGUAUUAUCUUAGCUACAAGUAUCCAAAUGUGCACACUUUGCGAUGGAAGACCUCAUGCGCAUCAAGUGGGUGGAUUGUCAAAGGCUAUAAAGAAUUAAAAGGUUCACCUCUCCGCUCAAUUAAAGCAGCAUUUCCACAUCUGGAUACAUUUGACUUCUACACCGAAGAUCGUACCGCAUGGUCCCAUGCUAUUUUAUGGGAGCUUCUUUGCCCGUCAAAGGCUCCCAUCAAAAAAUUAAAGUACACUAUCAAAAAAUGCAGCUGUUCGGCAAUCUAUACUGAAAAGAUUAUUCAGAGGCUUGUACAGUCUUUUUCAAAAACUAUCAAAACGUUAUCCAUUGUGGGGGAUGUAUAUUUUGAUACUGAAAAUAUCGCAAGGCCAGAAUUCUCUUACUGCCCACGAUUGGUGGAGCUCGAAAUUACAGACUGUGGCGUCUCCAUUGCAUUGGAUAACUUACUGGAUAAUUGUAUAUCUUUAAGACGCCUGUGUUUUCACAACGGAAGAUUGUUCAUUGGUCCAGAAAUACACGGGGAGCUGAUAAAACAUGGCUUACAAAGUUUGAAGUUAGACAGCGUUGUUGCAAGCGGUCCUGUCUUUGACUACUUGUCCUUUAGAUGUAGAAGCUUGGAAUUUAUGGAUCUAGCCCGAGCGCAAAUUUGUGGAUCCGUCUCUGAUAAAACUAAAAGACUAUAUAUUGACAUGUCUUAUACCAGUUUCAAAGUAUUGCGUCUUGAUCACAUUCAAUUAUAUUCAUCUGAUAAACUUAUGGAUAAGAGUACUGCCAUUAAUUUUCUAUCACUUUCCCAAUCAACUGGUCCUCGGCUAUCAGGAAAAAGACAACAAAUCCAAAACGACGGCCCGGCUGUAGGGCACCCAACUUGGUUUCAUACUUUUUAUGAAUUAGACUACGCAUUUGAUUUUGCACCAAAGAUCAGACAGCUUACAGAACAAGAAGUUUUGAUUGCCACCGAAUAUUAUCAAAGCUCUAGGUUCAGAGAAAGCAACAGUGCACAAGAGGUUGAACGAACAUUUAAUGGACAGGUUUUUAAGGACGAUUGGAUAAAUGAUCUUUUUAUAGGUUAUGCCGAACUGAGAUAUUGCAACAUGGAAAAUUAUUGUGUUCCUUUACCAUAA